GUCAGUGUCUUAAACCUGGAUUUUGUUUGGGUUAUCGGCCUCUCACCUGUACAAGCGCUCUGGGGUCCAGCCAGUAACAGUGGCAAUGCUGAAUUACUACAAUGGUUUCCUGAGUGGCCUUCAAACCAGAACAUCACAGGGGUUAUAACCAGUGUGGGCCAUGAGCGCUCUGCUUCCCAAUGUCAGCGUUCCAGGGAGCACGGCAGCUCUGCUGGGGACCACCGACCAUCCCUUUAACCUGACAGCUGCUGCUCAGGCAGGACACGGGCCAGGCCAGUCCCUGGCGCCUCUUUGUACACUCUGUUGCUGUGGGCUCCUCAAUCGCAUCCUGGCAGUGGUUUUCAUGGUCAUCUUGGCGUUUGCUGUGGUCAUUGGAAAUGUGGUCACACUUACGGUCUUUGUGCAAACGAGGCAAUCAAGAACACCACAGGGAUACUUGAAAGUGUCUCUGGCCAUAGCAGACAUGAUGGUUGGUGUUCUUGUGGUCCCCUUCUCAAUCUACACCGAAAUCUUUCUGAUGGUGACCAGUGCUCCUCCCAUCUGGUACCAGGGCAGUACCACCUCAUCCGCUGUGCUCUCCUCUUUGGAUGGACCAGUGAACCAAUGGCAGCCCUGCAUGCUGAUUGGGCCCGUGUUUGCUGGAUGCACUUUUGUCUCCAUCAGCACCAUCUUCCUGAUGACCUUGGAGCGCAGUGUAGCCAUCCUGUGGCCGCUCCACAAGGACACAUUGGUGACCCGAAGAAGAACGCUGCUCCUCAUCCUGCUCUCCUGGGCGGCCAGCUUUCUGUUGGCUCUCGCUCCUCUCAUCUUCAGCAGAAACUUCACUUUGGAGUACAACGAGUGCAGUCGUAUGUGUAACUACACCCCCCUACUGUUUGAAGGCCGAUUCCCACCUGACUCCAACAUUCUGUUGCUCUUUCCAGCAUUUGAUUUCACACUGCUCGGGGGCACGUUAGCAGUAAAUAUUGUGUCUUUCUCUAGCAUUCGUCAGUACACCAGAAAACGCAAACUACUUUCAGAGGGAAGCCUCAGUGACGGAGGAGGAGGAGGAGGAGGAGGUGGAGGGGGAGGAUGCUCUCACAGGCCAUCUUUUUCUGACAUCAAGGCUGCAAAGACAAUUGGCAUACUAACAUUUGCCUUUACAGCAUCCUUCUCUCCCAUUGCAGUAUUUGUGCUUGGAAAUGUGGUGGGAUACACUUGGUGUAACUUUUCCUUUUUUGCCUUCUGGAUUCUGACAGGAAACAGUUGCUGUAACGUCAUUAUCUACAGUGUUAGGGACCACCGCUUCAGGAAGGGUGUGACCCUGCUCUUUCAAAGAGAGCAAUCCCUCCCACAUGGUGAGAAGACCUGAUAACCGCAUUCAUUCAUUCUGUAGCUGCAAAUGCGGUUUGUGGCUGUGGUGCAAGGUUUUACACAUGUUUAUUCACUUUCUUUGUGAGAGGAUCA